GAAUACCGCCUGCGAGUUCAGUGCGUCCGCGAUCGUCCGUCAAGCGGAGUUCGUCAACGUAGACAGUAGCUGCCAAAGUUAGCUACCACGUGCAGCCGGUAGCACCGAGAGUAAAGGACAAUUCUAAUUUCGUUUGAUGCUUUACUAAAAUUACAAGUCUUCUUCUUUCCGUUCUCGAAGUUCAGUACCAUGGAAAUAUAGUGUCGCAAUAUUUCAAUAUAUUUGGCUAUUUUUGCUUCUAGUGUAUUUUUAUACCUAACUCGGUUAAUCUUCUAUCCGGCUUUCGUUUUCUUAGUUUGAGUGGAAUUGCAAAAACCGAUGAUCAGUGAUUUAUAUAAAUAAGUGUGCGGUGAUACGGUUCAAAAUGCAGAUCCACGUAGUGAUGCUUUUUUGCGCUUUUACAAGCAUCACAAUACCGUGGACUAAUGGGUUCAACGUUGAGACUAAACACUGCACAAUUUACAAUUGGGCCGAAAAUUCCAUGUUCGGAUUUGCAGUUUCCGAACAAGUGGAUAGAUAUAAUCGUGGAUGGGUUAUAGUCGGUGCGCCAGCUGCGCAAACUAGGCAAGAGGGCGUGGAAAAAGGAGGUGCAGUAUACACCUGUCAUUUCGCUACUGACAACAACUGUUCGCAGAUCAACUUCGACCCAGAGGGGAACAUGUGGAACGCGAAAAUAGGGGCGGCCUACCAAGUGGACAACAAAACGGCCCAAUGGUUCGGAGCGACAGUUUCAACGACGGACGAGGUGGACGGACCCAUACUGGCCUGUGCACCGAGGUACUUAUGGUUCACCAGUUCCUUCGCGGCACGAGAACCGGUCGGCACUUGCUACAUUACCAGCCACAGUUUUAGCGGUUCGAAAGAAUUCUCACCCUGCAGAACGAGACUCACGGGCUACCACAGGCAGGGAUCUUGUCAAGCUGGAUUGGGCGCCGCCCUCUCAAAGGAUGGUAAAAGAGCGUUCAUUGGUGCCCCUGGUAGCUACUACUGGCAAGGUCAGGUGUACUCAAUCGCCAGCGAAGCUGAAUUUGAAUAUUUACCCCCCGGACGCGGAUUCUUCGGAUCUGCAGGUCAAGUAUUUUCAAGUGGAUCGGGAGGUGAACCGCCGGUGUCAUUCACGAAGGAAAGCGGACCCGAAGAUGACGACUCUUACCUCGGCUACUCGGUCGCUUCGGGUGAUUUCGAAGGCAACGGAAAACAAGGAGCAGCCGUUGGUAUGCCCAGAAGCUACAAUCUACAUGGAAAGGUUGUACUACUAAGAUCGGAUAUGACGACCUGGCACGCUAACUUGACCGGCGACCAGAUGGGCGCUUACUUUGGAUACUCGGUUAUUGCCUGCGACGUAAACGGAGACGGCCUGGACGAUCUGGUUGUCGGAGCGCCUAUGUUUACGAUAGAAGACGACCCGAAGAUGACCUAUGAAACCGGGAGGGUUCACAUAUUUUACCAAGGGAUGGUAGAGGAUCCUGUUCAGAAGUUCAGCGAGUCGGAAACCAGAGACGGCGUCGAGAACAGAGGCAGAUUCGGACUAUCCCUGGCUUCGCUGAAGGACAUUGAUCUCGACGGUUAUCAAGACUUCGCGGUUGGCGCUCCUUACGGUGGUCCGGACGGCCGGGGUGCGGUCUACAUCUAUCACGGUUCGAAGACCGGUGUUUUGGAGAAGUACUCCCAGGCGAUAUACGCCUCGGUAAUGGAGCGGCCGGUCUCGACCUUCGGGUUUUCUAUCGCCGGCGGUAAGGACCUGGACGACAACUAUUACCCGGACAUCGUCAUCGGUGCUUACGAAUCCAGCAGCGCAGCCUUUUUCCGUUCGCGACCGGUAAUCAAGAUAGAAGCCUACGUGGAGUUCAUUUCUCAGUCCAAGUCCGUGUCGCUCGAGAAUCGAGAAUGCACCCUGAGUGACAGAACCACCGUGUCUUGUCUUAUGCUAAGUGCUUGCCUAAAGUACACUGGCCGGGGGGUGGCACCGAUAUUCCGUUUCAACGUCGAGUACGUCCUAGACACGAAGAAGCCGAAUAACCCUCGGCUCUUCUUCAUCGAGCACGAAUCGAGGAGUUCGAUAAAUCAGUCGUUUGAACUGAGCAGCAACAAUUUGUUAUGCAAGAAUUUCAGCGUCUACGUAUCUCCGAAUAUCAGGGACAAGCUGACGUCGAUAGACGCCGAGAUGCGGAUCAGCCUAGUCGAGCAGCAAACCUUCGCCGAGGAAAGGCGAAACCCAUUGGCCGAGCUGAGACCGGUGCUCGGUGCGUCGACUUCGCAGCCCGACUCGAUCUCGAUAAUGAAGAGCUGCGGCCAGGACAACGUCUGCAUACCGAAUCUCGAGUUGUACGCGACAAAGAGCGUCGAGAAGUAUCUCCUGGGUUCCGGAAACAGGUUCGAACUCGAUAUCGUGGUACAGAACACGGGAGAGGACGCGUUCGAGGCUACCUACUAUUUGCAGUUGCCCAAAGCUAUCGACUACAUUAAAGUUGAGCAGAUCGACAAGAACGAGAUACUGGUACUAUGCUCGGCCCCGAACUUGAAGAACAACAACACGCUGAAAUGUGAGAUCGGUAACCCAAUGCCGAGUGAAAAGCUGGUCCACUUCAAAGUUAUACUUCAGCCGAUAACCACUCAGGAUAUGAAACUGAGCUACGACCUUGACAUGACCGUCAACACGACGAACCCCGAAGACGAUGGGACUCGGGCGGACAACACCGUCCGUUUGACAAUGCCGAUUUGGGUACAGACCGAGCUCUUCAUCGAAGGUAAGAGCAAGCCCAAGGACCUGUACUUCAACUUCGAGAAUUACACGUCGGAAAACAUCACUACCGAAUUGGAAUUCGGACCGCUUCUUACGCACAAUUAUACCAUACGAAACGACGGUCCAUCCCAAAUUCUUGAGGGGGAGGCCUUCCUGAUAUGGCCAGCGCAGACCCUCGCCGGUGAAGAACUCAUAUACUUGCUCGAGCAGCCCGAGACAUCUGGAAGGAUCGAGUGCGCGACUGCAAACGCUAAUUACCUUAGUCUGACGCUCGACGACAAGCGCAGAAGACAGUCGUAUGCAGGUAUGGUUGGAGGAUACUCGAGCGGUGGAAGCUUCGACAGAACCAAUCAGGUUACGGUGGAUGAAAGACGCUGGCAACAGAACGAAGGUCAGACUGACGACGAUCUUCUGGUCGUGAAGAAUUCGCAGACGCAGACCAGCGGUGGAUACUCGAAGAGCCAUACGGCAUCCGAAAACUACAAAGUCGAAAGCGGUGGCCAGAACAAUUUUGCGGUUGAAGAUCGUUCUUUCAACGGCGGCGGAAGUCAGUCGACGGGAGUGUUCACGGGGUCGAAUGAGGGUUCGACUCAGAUCCACGGCACUAGAUUCGAGGAACCGAUGGAACCGGGAAUGGAAAGAGGUCAGAAGUACAAGAGCGAAACUACUUACUCGGAAACUCGUGGAAGUGGUAACAAUAAGAAUUUCGCAAUUGGAGGCGAUUCUGUCACCGGCGGCGGAAGUCAGUCAAUGGAAAUUUUCACGGGGUCGAACGGAGGGGCUACUCAAAUUCAGGGCACUAGAUUCAAGGACUCUGUUGAACCAGGGAUUGAAAACAGGAAUCAAUUCGGCGACAUCACCUACGCAGAGACUCGUCACAGCACUAGGCGCAACCAUUCCGGAGGAUUUCAGCACGGAUGGAACGACAUGCGAGGUACGGAGGAGAAAGUUAGCGGGACAAACGUGAAUCGCGACGGAUAUUUCAGAACGGGAAUUUACGACAGUGGAAACAGAGGACAGGUUGAGACGGAGGAGACAAUCAAUCUGAACAACGGACAGGAAUAUUCACCGACCUACAAAGACCGAAGCGAGCAUUCAAGGGGCGGUGAAAACUCGGAACGUGAAAACUUCUCCGGAGCAUCGGGACGAGUGAUUACGGAAAACGGCGAACAGCGCCAGUGGGGGAGUUCCAGGAUCCCAAACGUCGCGGCUUCCCAGGAACUGGAAAAGUUUUUCUCGAACAUAAACCGGGAGUCCACGGCUAUAGCGACAAACACAAGAAACGGAAUGGAGUAUGUCCAGCUUGAGAGUCGGUUCAGGGUGGCCAACGGCAAGGCUUACAUCCAGUUCAAAAACGGCGAAGUUUUCGAGCUCCUAGACAGCCGUGGAAGCCCGAGCUAUACCUCGAGUCAGGAACAAGAUAGCCGGUGGCAAAGUCGCGAAGGUCGCUUGGAAGGUGGCACGGACGGUCUCGUCUACGUCGUGCUUGCGGACGGCCGCAAGUUCCGUAUUCCAGGAACUUACACGUACCAGCGAAAGGAGACCAUCACCAUCGGCGGCGGAGUCCCGCAGGAAUCAGUUUCCGGAAACUGGGCAUACGGGAGGCAGAUUACCCACACUGGAGAAUCUGCAGGGAACGGUGGAGGUUUCGGUGCCGAGGGUAACGCCUGGCGACAGGAGUCGUCGUACGAGUCAACUUACGACUCGGGACGGAAGGUGGUUAGCGGAACGCGGAGAGUUGGUUUUGAGGACCAGGGUGAAUUCAGCGAUGACAACGUCCCCGCCACCAGAACCGACGAACGUAUCAGGAGCCGAUACCGGAGGGAGACUGACGACCUGAAUAUCGCCGAGUUCAGGAAAUUCGAACACCGUAGGACCGGCAGAAAUCGCAGGGCCGACGAGCCUGAGCUCAAAGCUGAGAAUAUCGAGGAGGGGCGGGUUCAGAUGUGCAAAACCGCAAAGUGCGUUAACCUUCGAUGCACGAUUGGGCCGUUGCUCAAGAACGAGGAAGUUUGGAUCGCCAUGCGGUCGAGGAUCAAGGCUAAAACGCUCAAGGAAAUUGCGUUCAACGACAAAGUCGAACUCUCCACUCAGCUCGUUGCCCGCGUCACGCGUCAACCCUUCAUCGGCGACCUUGCUAAACCGAUCGACAAAAGCUACGAAAUAUUCACCACCGUAUAUCCGAGCGCUUCUCCCAGCGCACCUGACGUUAUACCAUUAUGGAUUGUCGUCCUGUCGGCUUGUGCAGGCGCAAUUAUUCUCUUGCUACUCAUCUUCCUACUCUACAAGUGUGGCUUCUUCAAGAGAAACCGGCCGACCGACGCAGCCGAGAGGCAGCCGCUGCGAAACGGUAACUACGACCAAUAAACUGCGCAGCAAUGAUUGUUUACUCCGCCGCUAAUCGAAGCACUCCUCCAAAGAUGGUUUUCCAAACUGCGAUGAUAUGUGUCCUUGGCCUUCCAAGGAACACGGCGCGUGACGCCGACACUUGCAUCCUUGCGAAGUGGAGAAUGUUCCCGUUCAAGUUCACGUAAAAUAUGUGAACUAAUACGCGAUCGAUCGGCCAAAACAGAAAUCGCGAACAAUCCGAUUCUUACGGAUAAACAAACGCUCGCAUCUUCUUGGUAUUCACAAUACACAACCCAUCUUACACUCGUGUUUUGAGAAGCAUUCUUCCAUUGGCACCGCGAUACUUGACACACUAUAUCACAGUCACCACUUGCCUUUACCCGUAGUUUUAAUUCCGUAGCUUUCGCAAAUACGCAUUAUAUGUAGAAACACGGUUCGUCACUUCGUGCCGGUCGGAGCAACACUGACGGAUUUGAUCGCCAACCCAAAGUUCCGAGAUGGCGCAUUCGUCGAUUUUCAAAUUUUAGCAGAGUUCGGAACCGUCUUGAGUCGAAAUUUAGAAUACUGGGAUACACAAUUCACAAGUCAUUUUACUUAAUGUCGACGCGUACGACGAGCCUUUGAACUAGAUCUGAAUACCGCACUGUUUCACUUUACUACGAUGAAAUGUCACAGGGAAUAUUUCACCCGCUAUUGAUCACUGCAAAUUAUUAUUUAAUUACCGUGAAUCGUGUUCUUUUUACUUAUUUUUUUUUUUUAAACAAUGAACUCUAAUCGAACGAACGACUGUUUUAUACAUUACAAUAAUAUAUUUUGAUAUUUACAAUAAUCGAAACGAGUGCCUUGAUAUUCGAACGAAAAUAAUUUUGAAUUCUAUGAUGAGAAUGAGAGAAAGAGAAUUUCAGUAGCAAUUUAUAAUCACUUAUUGUACUGCCAAUGAAACUCCCUCCAGCUCCUGUAGCUCUCUUUUCAUUACAUGUAAUAUUAUAUGAGUUUCUAGUCAGAAACGUUUUUUUUUAUUAUUCGGUAAUUAUUAAACAGGCUGUAGUCUCGGAUAUUGAACUAAAAAU